CUCUGUUUUUGAAUGAAGAGGAGGAUGAAGAUGAGAGUGACGAUGACAGCGGCACUGACCAUUUUAACUCUGAGAAGUCGGGCACUCGGCUGCAGAGGAGUGAGCGUCCUGCAGGAGGGAACUCUAAUGUGCCCGACACCUUCCAGACCAGCCACCUGCUGUUCUACGAAAGGUUCAGGGCCUACCAGGACUACAUGCUGGGAGACUGUAAGCCAUCGGAGGUGAAGUUGUUCACAGCAGACUACCUGGAGAAAGUGGUGGAGCCGUGUGAUUGGUUGGCUCUUUGGUCUACUGAUGUCUUUGACGUCCUGGUGGAG